AUGGACGGCUUGAACAACCGACAAACCGACAAUGACGUCGUCAUGGAACGUCGCGCUGUUCCGGACUACAAGGAUAUUGAUGAGGAUCACAGGCCUCAGACGCCUCCUCGUCGUGGCCGAUCAUACUCGCGCUCUCCCUCCACCACGCCCGUCCCUGGGCAUCGCGAGCGCUCUCCAAUUCGCAGCGUGAGCCGCAGCCGCUCGCCACCUCCUCGUCGACGCGAGGAUCGAUCGCGUUCGCCCGUCUCGCGCCGUCCAGACCGAGAUGGCCGACGCGACCGUGCGCGAUCGCGCUCGCGCUCGCCUCCUCCUGCGCGCUCCGAUCGUCGACGCACGCCACCGCCCAAGCCUCGUGGUGCUCCUCAAGAGGUCGAGCCUACCACGGUGCUCGGCGUGUUUGGACUCUCGAUCCGCACCACUGAAAAGGACCUCGAGUACGAAUUCGACGCCAUUGCUCCCGUCGAAAAAGUCGUCAUCGUCUAUGAUGCGCGUACCGGUCGAUCGCGCGGCUUCGGCUUCAUCACCAUGCGCGACGUCGAGGGCGCCUCGGCCGCCAUCGAGGCUUUGAAUGGUAAAGAUCUGCACGGCCGACGCGUCCGUGUCGACUUUUCCACCACGCACAAGCCGCACGACCCUACACCUGGUAUUUACAAGGGCGAGGUUCGACCCGAUGACCGCUACCGUGGACCUGCAGCCGACGCUGGACGCGGCGAGAGGUACAAUGGCCGGGCUUUUGACCGUGCCGGACCGACAUCGUACCGUGGAGGCGAUUCGUACCGACGUAGCCAUGCCGAAUCGCGCGACAACUGGAGACGAAGGCCCUCGCCUCCUCGCCGACCCAGGAGGUCACCUAGCCCUAGAAGAGGUGGCGGCUCCAGGCACUCGCGCUCGCCAAGUCCAAGGCGUGGUGGUGACAGGUACAAUGCCGACAGGGACGAGAGAGUUCCACCUCCUCGAAGCAGACUCGGGAGCCACCUUGACAGCCCGCCUCGUGACGAGGUGGACCGAAUCCGAUACUGA